AUGAACAACGACCAAUUUCGAAGGCUCGUGGGCGCCAGCUCCUCCCAGUCCGGCAGUCCCAGCAAUGGCUCGUCCGCGAGCACGGCAAGCCCCGCCGGCGCAACACCAAGCGCCCUCGGAUCGCGGCAGCGCUCCAGCAUCCCCAUGACGCCACGCUCCGUAGGCGGCGGCUACAGCAGUCGCAACGAGUUCGCCCGCCAGCUCGCCGCGCGCAACAAUCCCGACCAGGCGCAGAAGAAGUUCCGAACGUCGGCGCCCAAGGGCUCCCGCCUGGCCGAGGGCUACGUCGACCGGUCGAAGGAGAGGGAGGCCGAGGAGGAGGACGAGCGCGCGGCGCGGAUCAAGGCGCUCGAGGAGCUGCUCAAAAAGGAGGAGAUUGACCAGGAGACGUUCGAGAAGCAACGGGAUCAGAUUGCCGGCGGCGACCUGUCGAGCACGCAUCUGGUGAAGGGGCUGGACCGCAAGCUGCUGGCGAGGAUCCGGCAGGGCGAGGAUGAUGAGUUCGAUCGCAUCGAGGUCAAGGAGGUGCAGGCCGUUGCCAACGCGGACAAGGCGGAGAAGAAGAAGGGCCAGGUGGCGCUCAUUCCAGGCAAGAAGCGCACGCGCGAUCAGAUUGUGGCCGAGAUGAAGGCGGCGCGACUUGUGGCGGUUCAGGCGGCCAAGGAGGCGAGCCUUGGCGACAGGUUCAAGAAGAUUGGCGCCAGGCAAAAGGCCGGCACGCGGAUCGAGAGGGUCAACAAGGGCCGGGAGGUCAUGAUCAUUGUCGUCGAGGACGGCCACGAAAAGCGGAAGGUGCGCAAGGUGCAGCGUGAUUUCGAGGAAGACGAACGGCAACGCGAGCUCAUGAGGCCCGACAAGGACGCCAAGCCUCUGGGGAUGGAGGUACCAGAGAUAUACCAGAAGCAAGCAGAACCGGCGAAAGAGGAGGACGACGAUAUUUUUGCCGACGCUGGGGAUGAUUACGACCCGUUGGCGGGGAUGGAUUCUGACUCGGAUGAGGAUGAGGAUCACGAACACAAAGACAAGACGGCAAGCGAGGAAGAGGCGCAAGCAGUGGAUGAAAAAGCAGCCGCCAAACAGGCCAUGCCACCACCACCGAGACGGAAACAGGCUGAGGCGAAAGACUACUUCAAAGGCUCCAAGACGGAGCUGCUCUCAGCGCAGACGCGCAAGGCACCGUCCAUGUCGGACCCGGACAUCCAAGCGGCCUUCAAAAGGGCGGCACAACUGGGCGCUGCCGCCAAGGACCGAAAGGGAGACGACGAAGACGACGACAUGGCAGACGAGGAGGCACGUCGGCGGGCCGAGAAACACAAGAAGAUGCUCGAGUCGUCGAACCGCGACGAUGCCGACAUCGACAUGGGCUUCGGCACCAGCAGGUUCGAGGAUGAAGAGGACUUUGACGACACCAAGGUCAAGCUCUCCGAAUGGGGCCAUGAUGACGAUGAAGGUGAGGACAAGGGCGGCAAAGGAAAGCGCAAGAGGGGCCCGAAGAAGCGAAAGGGCGACGCCAAUAAUGCAGCAGACGUGCUGCGGGUGAUGGAGCAACGCAAGGCGGCGGGGGCUUGA